UUUAAAUACAAUGUUCAUCAUAAUGGUCUUUGUAAAGUGGUGGUGAGUUCUCUGUAUAGGGGAAUCUGUGGCCUACGGAAACUGAAGUGUAACAAGAUUGGAAGAAACCAAUCUAAUACUGAAAAUCAAGAAAGGAAGAUUGAUGCUGGAAAUUACUAUCCUGCAUGGCUGCUCUUUGGAGAAAGCUAACUGUUGUUGGAGAUGACAGCUGUGGUAAGACAUGCCUCCUCUUUGCUCUGCGCCACGAACAGCUUCCCAAAUGCUAUGAGCCAACUGUGUUUGACACUUACACCACUAACAUAGAGGUAGAUGGGAAGAACCUGAAGCUAAUUCUCUUCGAUGUGUCAGGGAAGGAUGAAGCCGGUUAUCAAAAUCUCCGCUCAGUUUCCUAUCAGGACACAGACGUUAUUUUAAUGUGCUUUUCUGUGGACAGGCCAGACUCACUGCAAAACAUCCUUGAUAUUUGGGUUCCAGAAAUCAAAUUCUUCUGCUCCACAGUACCUAUUAUUCUGGUAGCUACCAAGAUAGACCUAAGGGAUGAUGAAGGUGUUAGAAUUAGCACUGUGAAAGGAAAAGCUUUGGCUGCCAGCAUUGGGGCAUAUGCUUACCUGGAGUGCUCUGCCAAGACAAAAGAAGGUGUUGAUACAGCCCUGGAGAUUAUUAGCCAAUGUGUGCUAAAUGAGAAAAGAAGAAGAAAGAGGCAUCAUAGGUCCUGCCGAAUUUUGUAAGAGGAGUGAAUUUUGUUUUGCUGUUGGAUUUCAUGAUGUGGAAAGCACUUGCAGGCGGAAGAGAUGAAGUAAAGGGAAUGCCAGCAACUACACUCUCAGCUUUGCAAGUCAUUAACAAUCUGGAAAGAGACUGAGACAUGCUGUCAAGCUAAGCAGAGAAUCUCAAAAAGGCACAGAGAUGGACCAAAAUGGAAAGGCUUGGGGUGCAUCUCUGUACUCCUUUCUGUGAAGCAGCGACUGCUCCCAGCACAAGGAGCUGAGUUACAGAUUCACAUUAAAGGUGCAACACUGGGAGCUGGUAAAUAAUGUGAAUGGAGGGUUUGAAAGAGCACAUGCUGUGUGUCAGUAAGUGGAUGGACAAAAAUUCUAAGAUGAACUCCUUAGGAUUCUGAAAUAAAGGGAGAGAGCUAGCGGAGUGUGACUGUCAUGAAUAGGAGAAUACCAUAAACUAGCACUUUCCUUCACUGACUUCCUCAGAGGUGGUUUUGUCAUGCUGGCAGCUUGGUUACAGUUCCCCAGGAGGAAAUAAAAUGAGAGUAAACACAAAUUUCUAAACUGAUUGUGCUACCUGCAGCUGUACACUUAGCAAACUAGCUUUCCCAGAUAAGAGACCUAGUAAAAUACGCACUUAAGAUAUUUUCUUACCCAUUCUUCCCACCAGUAUUUGUCUGUUGAUGGUAUCAUGAGUAGAAAUGCUAGGGUUGGCCAAAUAUUCAUUAUUGAAUGGGUUCUUGCUUUCCUUCUGUAUUAGUUUUCAGUAGCAAUUUUGAAAUCCACAGUCUUACCGUGGCAUAACAACAGAUGUUUCAAGGGUGAUACUUUACAGUUUUAAAAGUACCUUUCUUCCAAGCAUCUCAGAGCACUUUUUAACAUGAAUUAUCAACCCACCUGUUGGUAAUAAGCUACGUUUUCAAAAAUGAGGAACUUAAACUGCAUGAAGAUUAAGUGAGCUGCCUAAAGUAAUUGCAAACCAUUUACUUCCCGGAGCUUCCUUUUUUGACCAUUUCUCCUUGCCCUUUCCCUUCUCCCUCCUGGACCUUCAUUUGCCUUCCCCUCUGUUUAUAAUAAUCCUCUCGGUGCAACCUGAUAUAGUUCCCAAAUUUAGAAAAGAAAUCCAGUUCUCCACUUGCAACUUGAAUGUGAGUUUGUGCUGUGCAUAAGUGCUUUCCUGAUUCAGGUAAUAACACACAUUAGUGCAUUUCAAAGAGCUGUAUUUAUGUAGAUGGCUUUAAAUUGUUAUUUCUAUUUUAUAUAUUUGUGUGUGGGUGGGGAGGAUUAGACUGCAGGUAAGUUAAAGAGCACAGGUGUCUCAGGUGCCUCUGAUGUGGGGUAUUGAAUUGGAGAGAGACAGUUUUGCAAAGAUGCCAAGCACUUACUGCUCCCACUACUUUGAAAGUGGAGACCACUUUGAGCUUACACUGAGUGUUUCUCAGUACAGUGCUGGCCAGCACAUUGUCUGGCGUCUGUUUUUAAUCUAAAUCAACAAAUAUUUUCCUUCAGAAGGGUACUUUGUUCAAGAUAAAGGUAAUUGGUUUUACUGUCAGUAUAUAUCUCUGAAUUAAACUGUUCUUGUAUUGACCUUAAUAUCUAUUUCUUAAGAUUAACCUUUUUAAAUAUUUUUAUGUGAAAUAAAAUGCUGGCAAUCUCUUUCCACAGUAUACUCCUCUGUAUCUGGAAAAGGGAAAUCUCUGGGAGGUUUUUGGUCAUCACUUAGGCUAAAACUGUCCAAAUUCUGAUUUUGACACUUUUGUCAAAAAUCCAAAUGCUUUUUCUUUUUACCUGUCUCAGAGCACUUUUUUAAGAGCAGGUUACCAGCUCGCUCUUCAAUAAAUCCUUUGGACAGUUGUCCACAUUUUAGGACACGGUUCCCAUGAGAAAUCCCCAGACUGAAUUGUUUCCUGCUCUCUUUUAGCACUUGCAUGUGAUUCAGAAAGGAGGGGACAUAGACAUGAGACAGAGUAUUAGCCUGAGACAUCUGGGUUUCCUGCUCUACAAGUUUCCUGUAUGACUGUACAGAAGAGACUGUGCAUGUCCACUCUGCAAAGUUGCUGGAAGGAAACCAUCCAUAUCCCUGUGGCAGCAUGGAGCUCGACGGGUUCAUCCUUGCCAUUUCGGAUUAUGUCUUUGUGAGCCCCUGCAGUCAGCAGUGCACACACACUCUCUAGCUGGUGCUGGGCUUCCUGCUCCCAAGCCUGCUGGGACGGGUUGUAUUCAGGCAUGUGGAGGGCUCAAGUAUUAGCCAUGGGAGAGCUAGAAAAUCUGUAUGAGACUGGUAUUGGGAAUGUGACUGGCUAUACAUGCCUAUAUCUUAAAAUCUGGAACAAAAAUCAAUAGUGAUGAAUCCACAUGGAAGGAAACUGCCAGCAGUCAAAAUUGAGGCUGAACUUGAGCCAGAAGCACUAUCCUCUAAAGCAAGUCUUUCUUCCAGUAUUGGAGAGGAGAGGAGAGGAGAAGAGAGGAGAGGAGAGGAGAGGAAAAGGGAAAGGGGAAAACACAGACUGUUUUACCAAAUGUAUUUUUUAUAAUUCUGUGGAUUUAAAUAAAUAUAAAAUAUGACAUUUUUUGUUCAGGAGAAAUAAAGGAAAGAAGAAGUACUGUGGAAGAGAAGACCAAAAUUAACUGAACAUUCACAUAUCAUUCAACGGCCAUUUCUAGGGUGAAAUACACUGUUUUUUUCCUCUCACAACAGUUUAAGACAGAUGUCCAAUUGAAACAGCAGGGGACAUUUAUACUAAAUUAGAUGAAUAUGAUCAUAUGCAUGGCAAUUAAAUGAGAGCUUCUUUGCAGUUUCAGUGAAGCAAUUAUGCAAAUAAAUGAUGCUUAUGGCUUCCAGUUAAAUGAAAGAAAGAGAAA